CGAAUCUUUUCUUGAAGCGCGAAGGGCAACAACGCACCGAAGGCUGCGGGACGUGCGGUGGCGUUGCUUUGGGCGCACAUGAGCAAGGUGGCAACGGAAAGGACGAAGAGGAGCAAGCAAGAUGCGCGAUGACACGCCGCUGCUGUUGGCGCCGGCGGAGCAGGGCGAAUUCCAACCCUUGCUGUGGGCUCUGAUGCUGCUGGAGGGUGUGGGCGUCUUGUUUCCGUGGAACGCGUUCAUCACUGUCACCGAGUACUUCUCAACCAAGCUCGACGGCUCCCAUUUUGAGUCGAACUUUGAGAACUACUUCUCGUUCACGUUCCAGCUGUUCAACAUCCUGUUCCUAAUUGUGGAUGUGCUGUAUGGCAACAAGUUCAAGACGCGCACGCGGAUCCUGAUUCCGCUCUGUGUGCAGCUUGUUGUGUUUGCGCUCAUGACAGUCUUUGUCAAGGUUGACAUGGCACCCAACACGUUCUUUGGGGUGACGCUUGUGCUUGUCAUCUUUGCUGGAGGGGCGACUGCGUUUUUGCAGGGCGGGUUCUUCAGCCUUGCUGCUGUGAUGCGCAGCAAGUACACGCAGGCGCAGAUGACGGGGCAAGGACUUGGCGGGCUGAUUGUGUCGCUGCUGAAUGUGCUGACACUUGCAGUUGGCGGGAAGAAGAACAACGCGGAGAACGCGGCCUUCAUCUUCUUCAUCAUCGCCGUCGGCCUCAUCGCCAUCUGCAUCGCCGGUUUUUUGUACAUGGUCAACCAUCCAUAUGUGAAGCUGAUGCUGCGCAGAAACCACCUCAUUCGACAAGAGUCCAUCGCGAGUAUUCAAUCCCUCGGAGGCGACACGUCCACGUGGGCGAUGGCAAAGUCCGCCGUCGCGCAGACGAAGCUGCCUGCCAUCAUGGUGAUGACGACGUUUGCCAUCACCCUCGCCAUCUUCCCUGGCAUCACAGACCGCAUCCAGUCCACUGCGGAUCCUGAGACGCUGUGGGCGAAGCGGUACUUUGUUCCUGUGACGUGCUUUGUGUUCUUCAACCUCGGCGACACGAUUGGGCGGUCGCUGUCGCUGUGGUGGGAGUGGCCUGGAGUGCGCAACUAUCGCAAGCUCCGCAUCCCCGUGUUUGCCCGCGUUGUCUUCAUUGUCCUCUUUCUCUUCUGCAACGUCCAGCUCAGCGACACCGGGGAGUCGAAGAUACCUGUUGGGUUCAAGAGCGACGCGUGGCCGUCUGUGUUUAUGCUGGUGAUGGCAUUUACCAACGGCUACUUUGGCAACCUGUGCAUGGAAUACGGACCACAGAUUGCUGAUGAGCACAACCAGUCGAUGGCUGGAGCGUUUAUGGCGCUGUCGCUGACGGUUGGCUUGCUGCUGGGCACGUUGAUCAACUUUGCUCUCAAGGCCAUUCUGUGCGGAUGCAACCCAUUUGUGUCCGGGUAACAGCAGUUUCGCGCGCACACACCACCUCCCAUCACACAUACAUACACACACACACACUCCCACGUUGGUCCUUGUUGUUUGAGAAGCAUGGCAAGCAAGCUUCUAUGUAUUGUGAUUGAGUGCUCUUUGUUAGUGAUUGAUGACUGUGGAUAUGACCCUUCUUGUGAUGGCGCGCUUGCAAGCAAGCGUUUGUUGUGUGUCGCGUGUAACGUAACAGUGGCGUUGUGAUGUGGUUGUGGCAUGUUCCCUUUGACUGUUUUCGUGCCAUGUCCUGCGUCGUCUCUUCGGCAGCAGGGGCUGGGCCAGCUUAGCGCGGCUAUCAUCAUCUCACCUCUUGCUUGAAAGGGCAACCACUCUUCCUCUCGUUCCAGUAAACAAAAUGAAGGGG